CCCCACACUCCAAUGCUACAUGAACAGCAGCUAUCCCAAGACGCGGCAUUAGUUACGCCGGUCAUUGACACGUCUUGACUUUCGGUGCGUUUUAAGACGAACGAGGGGAAAGGAACAGUUCAAUUACUUUCGCUAGUGGUUCCACAGACUUACAAUCGUCGACGUGCACGAGUGUUGCCCCGAGUGUGUCCUUUACCUCACUAGUUUAUCCAGGGCAUAUCUCUAACACCGGUACAAUGGGGGGCGUACAAACCAACUCUGAAGAGGGAAUCCACCUCAUCAUCAUCGGUGCCGGCCUGGCAGGGUUGAGCGCCGCGUUGUCGACCAAACUAGCAAACCCAGCACAUCGGGUGACUGUUUUGGAGGCUGUAAACGAGCUCCAGGAGGUCGGAGCCGGUCUCCAACUCACCCCGAACGGCACGCGCCUGCUCAAGGCCUGGUCGCUGCACGAGCAGCUCGCACCGCUCGCGGCCGUCCCGUCUUCGCUCUCGGUCCGGCGCUACGACGGCACCAAGCUGCUCGCGCACGAGCCGGCCCUGCAGGCGCAGGUGCGCGAGCGCUACGGCGACGGCGCGCCCUUCUGGGACGUCCACCGCGUCGACCUGCAGCAGGCCAUGGUGGCGCGGUGCGAGGCGCUCGGCGUCGAGAUCCGGCUGGGCUCGCGCGUCGUCGCCGUGGAUUUUGCCGAGGCCCGCGUGCGCCUAGCUCAGGGAGGGCUGGUCCUCCGCGGGGAUGUGGUGCUGCUCGCCGAUGGGCUGUGGAGUGCCAUCCGGCCGGCGUUUUUGGGUAGGCCGAGCCCGGCGGUCCCGACGGGGGAUCUGGCGUAUCGGAUUAGUAUCCGUGUGGAUCAGUUGGAGGGGGAGGAUGCGGAGGAGCUGAGGGCGUUUAUCAAAGACGCGACGGUUAACUUCUGGGUUGGGCCGCGGGCGCAUUGUGUUGGGUACUCGGUGCGAGCCGGGGAGAUGUAUAAUUUGGUGUUUUUGUGUCCGGAUGACCUGCCCGGUGGCGUGAUUAAGCGGGAGGGGGAUAUGGACGAGAUGAGGGCGAGGUUUGGGGGGUGGGACCCGUUGUUGGGGCGGUUCUUGAAGCAGGUAAAAGGGGUGGUGCAUAAGUGGCGCUUGAUGUGGCUAGAUGCGCUGCCAGAGUGGGCAAACGAGGAGGGGACGUUCUUCAUGGCGGGUGAUUGCUGCCACCCAAUGUUGCCAUAUUUGGCACAGGGGGCGAACUCGAGUCUUGAGGAUGGCGCUGUGCUAGGGUCGCUGCUAGGAAAGGUGAGGAGGAGUGAGAUGGCGAGGCAGUUGCCAAGUGUGUCGACGCUGUAUCAGAAGUUGCGGAUAGAGAGGGGAAGAAAGAUCCAGCUAGAAACGUUCAAGCAGAGGGACGAUUCGCACAUGGAAGACGGAGAGGCGCAGGAGAAGAGGGAUGCUCUAAUGGUGAGCAUGCUGGGUAAGGAACUCAAGGCACCGUUCCCGAGCCGGUGGACGUGUCCUGAGAUCCAACCGUUCUUGUAUGGUUAUGAUGCAUACGCAGAGGCCGAGAAGGGGUAUCGGGAGAAUCCCUUUUGAUGAGUAGAUGAUAAUAUUAUUGAACGUGGCCGUCUUUAGGAACUAAGGGGUAAACAGUGAUUUUCCACACAUAUGUAU